UGGAACGCGGCCCGUCACUGAAGUGUGAAUUUGACUGUCAAGAAGAUUAUUUCUUUUAAAUGUAGUCUUUAAAAAGUAUUGGUAGUCUUGAAUUCUUAUUAGAAACGAGUAUUAUUUAAUAUUUAUUUGUAAUCAUGCCUGAAAACAAAAAUUUAGUUCCAUGCUAUAAUCGUGGCUGCGGUCAACUUUUUGAUCCUAACAACAACGAAAAAGAUGAGUGCUGCCAUCAUCCUGGUGCUCCAGUUUUUCAUGAUGCUUAUAAGGGUUGGUCUUGUUGUAACAAGAAGAGUGUGGACUUUACAGAGUUUCUUAACAUAAAAGGCUGCACAGUAUCAAAACACUCAAAUGUGAAACCUCUAGAACCAGAGAAAAAAGCUUUAGAUAAAGAAUUAGAGAAGAAGGAAGUGAUUGAAGUUAGAGCACCUGUGGUUGGUCCUCAGCUGCCAAGACCUCCAUUUGAAUCCCCACUUGUCCAGUUAGAACCGCGUAUAGCAGAAUCAUUGAAAGAAAUUGUCCAUAAGUCAACUGAACAAGCAGCAUCGACAAGUGAUGGAGGAUCGGUACCAAUUGGUACAUCUUGCAAGAAUGGGGGUUGUAAUGUGUCUUAUGAAGGUCCACAAAGUAAUACCAGUAUGUGCACAUAUCAUCCUGGCUGUCCUAUCUUCCAUGAGGGUCUCAAGUUUUGGUCAUGCUGUCAAAAGAGAACUACGGAUUUCAAUGUUUUCCUAAGCCAACCAGGUUGCACAACUGGUGUUCAUAAAUGGUUUAAAGAGAGUUCUCCAGCUGGGACAAUUAAAUGCCGCUGGGACUGGCAUCAAACUCCAGACUAUGUUAUUGUUAGCGUGUAUGCCAAGAAAUAUAACCCAUUUCAAAGCUAUGUUAAACUUAAUCCAAUUCGCUUGAACACAAAACUAGUGUUUCACGAAGAGGGAAAUGCAGUGUUUGAACUUGAUCUUGAACUAAGAGGAGUAAUAGAUGUAAAUAAGAGUAGUGCAUCAAUGCUGGGUACGAAGGUUGAAAUUAAAUUAAAGAAAGGUGAACCUGGCGCCUGGAGCAAGCUUGAUUUCCCUAGAUCUGAACCUAAGAAAGAGGCAGAAGAACCUAAAGUGCAAACUGUCGAAGAAGAUGAUUCAGUUGAUUUAUCCACAGUAGAGGCCAUACAUUCAAUGGGCAAAGUUAAUGUCACAGGUUGAUACUAAAAUAGAUAUAUGAAAUUUUCGUAUAAUUAAUAUGUUAAAAAACCUGAUGAAUUUAUUUUUAUAAUGCUAUGUUUAUAGCUUCAACGUAUUCUGAAUCAAUGGAGUCAUGCUUUAUUUGUCACUUUCAAAUAAAGGUGCUUUUAUAAAAA